AUGCGAACCGCUGGUGAGGUAACUUUUGCAGAUGCGCAUAAGCAACAUCCAAAUGAAGGGAUUGUAUGCUUUCUUUCACGAGAAGAUCUUGAAAGGGCGCUUGACAAGCUGCAAGGAAAAGAAGUUAAUGGACGCAAGCUGAAACUAAUUGAUGAUUCGGAAAGACGAGACAGUCGAAGUCGUUCCCGUUCUCAUCAUCGGUCUAAUUCGCGUUCGCGUAGCUCGCGUAGCCGGUCAUCACGUUCACGCACCGGCUCGAAAUCACGUUCGCCUACACCGAAGAAGGAAGGUGAAGGUUCGAAAUCACGUAGCCGUUCUGGAAGUGCUCGUUCUCGUUCUCAUUCGCCGGACAGAAAUGAAUCCCAAGCUGAUGCGGUUACCGAGAAUGGUAAUAAUGGUGAAAAUCAUGCUACCGUUCCUGAGACCAGUGAUGAGCCCAUGAAAGAUGCAAGUCCAGCGCCCAGUGGCAAUGAUUACAACUGA